GCCAGGCACAGCCAGCAGUCGGUCUGAUCAUGGUCACAAAGAUGAGCUGGAUCCAUCUACUCCUGCUAUGCUGUAUGACAGCCUCUGCCACCUGGCACACAGCGCAUGCACGCAGUGUACUUGGCGAUGAACCUGAAGAUUCUGAUGAAGAAUUAGAGACUUUGUUGAUGCGCUUCUGUGAAGGCACUGAAAAUGAGCUGAAGACCUGCAGUAAGAGACUGGUGGAAAAGACAGAACAUUCUAGUAACCUUGAGAAUGAGCUGAACCUUCUGAAGGUGCAGCUAAAACGGAUCCAGCUUACAUGCAAGGAUGAAACCCAGGCCUCCAAUGUUCAGAUCUCAGCACUUCAGGUUCAGCUUGACAGUCUGUUGAGACAACUUGGGGAAAAAACAGAAGGUCCUGCCAAAGCAGUUUUAGAAAUUCUCCAAAAGUACAUCAAAAUGAAAAAGUUAGAGAUGGAAAUCACCAUGGAGACAGACACAGCGAAAAUCGCAGAAAAGGAAAACCAGCUGAAGAAAGCUAAAGAAGAAAUGGAUGAAGCAACUGCCAAUCUGAGUAAAGUGAAAAUGUGCCAAACUGGCAGCAGCAGUGAAAUUGCAGAGAUUAACGCCCUGCAGGAGGAGAUCGACAAACUGCGUACAGGAAAUCCCAGUGCUGCACAAUCAUCGCAGAUUGAAAAAUUACAGAAGCAACUCCAGCAGAAGCUGAAACUUCUGGAAGAAAAAGGUGAUGCCACAUCUAAGCAGGUCACACAGCUCAUUGGAAACCAGGAUGAAGUUUUGGCUAUUGAGAGGAAACUGGCUGACCUGCAGAAGACAAAAGUAGAGCACGACGCACUGAAGAAGCAGCUUGAGGAGGCAAAAAGAAAGUUGUCCAAACUGAGGAAGGAGAACGAGAUGUCCUCAGACAAAGUCACUGAUGAAGAGAUUAUUGCCACAGAGAGAGACGUGAAGGCACUGGGGGAUGAUCUGGAAGCUCUUAACCACAUCCUCUCUGAGACACCAGACCUUGAGAAAGAAUUGCUGAAAAAGAAAAAAAAAACAGAAGACAAACUCGAUCGCCUUCAGAAGGAUGGACAGGAGUUGGUUUCCAAGAUCCUGGCUCUGCAGUUUCAGGUGCGUGAGAUCCAGAUCCGGGCACAGGGGGAGAAGGCGGCAGCGGAUUUCCAAAUAGCAGAUCUGCAGAAACAGCUGAGGAUAAAAGAAAAGUACAUCUCUGACCUGCUGACUGAGAACGAGGGUCUGGAGAUAGGAAAAGCCGAGCACUGCCAAGACCUCGAGGAGGCUUACAAUGAAAUCGUAGAUAUGAUACAAAAGGUGCCCGAAGCAAACCUGAAACUCAUUCUCGAGAUUGUGUCACUCACCAUUGAAAUCGAAAGCUUAACCUCCGACGCUAAGGGUGAGACAUCAGAAUCCAAGAUCAGUGAAUUAAGGAAGAAGCAGAGAGAAAUGAUUCAUCAGCUCAACUCAAAGAAGCAAGAACUGUAUGAGAAUGAUUCAUCUGCUGAGAAAAUUCUGAACAUAGUAGCAAAGAUGAAGCAGAUAUGGAAACUGCAGAAUCUGGCUGUGAAUGAGGACCAAAUCAAAGUUGAAGAGCAGGAACUACUUAAACUGAUCAGUCAGCUGGAAGACUCCAACCCCGCCAAAAUCCUUCUAAAGAACAUGGCUAUGCUGUCCGAUGAAACCUGGUUAAAGAAGCGAAUAGCAAUCAUCAAAGAGCAGACUCGGACCCAGAUAGCCGAGCUUCAGGAGAAGAUUUCAAAGAAUGAGGAACUGCUGAGGAAGAAGAACACGGAACUAGACAAGGCACACAGUGACGUAGAGAAGCUAACCAAAGAGAUCAGUGACCUUCAGGAAGAACUUAAAGGUUUGAAGAAGAUGAUGACGGAUGUGCAGCUGGUAUCAGCCAAGAGGCUGAAAGAGCUUGAGAAUGAGCUAGCCCUGACAAAGGAGGAGCUGAAGAAGGGGAACGAUGCUCUAAAACAGAAGGACUCUGAAUUAGCAACAAAAGUUAACAAGAUCACAGAGCUUAUUGAACAGCUAAAGAAGGCAAAAGAUGAGGCACACAAUAAAGACCAGGAGAUGUCGGCUCAAAUGUCUGAUCUGGAAGCAAAAUUGAAGCAGAAGGAGGAGGAAAUAUCCGAAGUUCUGGCAGAGAAAAAAAGACUGGAGCAGGAACUGAAGGAGGCCAAAGAAUGUUCUGAACUCAAUAUGUCUUAUGAAGAACUGCAGACUAAUUUCCAGAAUACAGUUUCAAAGCUAAAUAACAGUUUAGCUUAUCAAGUUUUUACAGUCAAAACUCUGACCCAGGAAGUAGAGAUGCUGGAAAAAAAAAUCAGUUCAUCAGAGGGCAACGUCGAUGCCCUGAAGCAGCAGCUGAGGAAGAAGAAUGCAGAGUUGGGCAAGGUGCAAAAGGAGGUGAAGAAAUCCAGAGCAGAGUAUGCCGAACUUCUCCAAGUACUUGAGAAAGUGCGGAAGCUGUCCAGGCAGCAGGAACAGAGCAUUGAUCGGUACCUAGCAGAGAUUGCCCGACUGGAGAAGGAUGUAGAAGACCUGAUGGCCAAACUAACAGCUGCAGGAGACCACAAUGCCAAGCAAACCAUUGAAGUGAUCUUUUUAAAGGAAGAACUGGCUAAGCUGGAAAAACUACAAGCAGAGCUUAAAGAGGACACUUCAAAAAAGAUUGCUGACCUGGAGAAGCAGAUUGCAGAGAAGAACAAAGAGAUUGCUUAUCUGAAAAAGAGUGGCUGUGGUACUGCUCAGCUCAAGAAAGAGAUAGCACAGCUGCAGCAGGUGGUGAUGGCAAAAGAGCAGCAGCUGACUCAACUAAAGAAAAACGCCAGGACUCAGAUGGCAGUGGUACAAAGGCAGUUAGCAGAGAAGACCAAGAAACUAGAGGCCAGUGAACAGAAACUGAAGGAGAAAGAUUCCCAAAAUGCUGAUUUGAUUGAUCAAUUAACUGAGCUGAGCAAACAGCUGACAGAAGCUACAAGUGGGAAAGAGACCAUUACACGGGCACUCCAAAGGCAGAUCUCAGGCCUGAAAAGGCAAGUGAAGGACCAAGAAAAGGAAGUUUCAGAGCUUCAAAAGAAUAAAGCAGCUCUGAGGAAAGCAUUGGACAGGAAGCAGGAGGAGCUGAGCAAGGUGAAACAGGAAUUGAAGGAGAGGGAGGCGGCCAUCACUGAGCUGGAUCAACGAAUCCUUCGCAAGGAGGACGAACUGGCGAGAGAGCAGAAAGCCCAUGAUGACGUGCUGGAGCAGAACAAGCAACUGUCGCAGCAGCUGGAGAUCGCCAUGGACAAACUUGAGAAGCUGGAAGUGGAAAAACCAGACAGAAACAUCAACAUUCUCUCCCCAGCUCUGGAUCCAGAUACAGCCCACCGCAGACUCCUACUCUACAAAGGCAAUACCAUGGUGAGGGUUUCAAAGUUCCCCAGGGUCGUUCCAGAAAACCCAGAACGCUACGACACAGCUUUAGCCGCUUUGGGUGACACGGGCUAUGAAUCCGGGCGCCGCUACUGGGAGGUGCAAGUGGACAGCCGUUCAUGCUUUGUGGUGGGUGUAGCCACACAAUCGGCGCGGAGGAAGGGGGAAAUAAACUAUGGGCCCAAAUAUGGCUACUGGGGCAUCCUCAAGAGGAGAGACGGCAGCUACGUAGCCCUCACCAACAAGCCUAUUGUUCUUAACAUACCAGGCAAACUGACUGUGGUCGGGGUGCUGGUGGACUUCAGCAGGGGAAAGAUUACCUUCUAUGAUGCAAAAAUCAAAACGCCCAUCUACACAUUCCCUGAAAAUGACUUCGAUGAGCCACUGUACCCAUAUAUCGCCACAUGUUCCGAGGAAGAGGGAGAGCCUCCCAUUGUGUUUCUUCCUUCCACAUCUGCCCUGUGGCUCAAGGGCAACUAGAAUGGCAGUAGAGUGCAUUGGGCCUGCUCUCAAAUCCACAGUAGCAGAAGCCAAUCCUCCUUUUAUGUAAUUACUGUCAAUAAUUGGCACCCUUGCAGUUUCACUGUAUGCUUUGAAACAGAGGCAAUAAAAACAGUUUUGACUAUUGCA